AUGGCAGUGAUGAGUUUUGUUGAUUUACGAGACGCUUGGUUGCUAAAUGAAUGGGAUGUGGAAAGAGAAUGGGAUGUGGAUAAUGAAACUGCUAAGGCUCUUAUCGGCAACCCAAACGGCAAAGGUAUCGUCAAGCUCGAUGCCAAUGUUAAGAUGCCUGAACCAAAACCGGAUCACCGAAAGGGAAUGGCCUUGAACUGCGAGGAAGCUGCGUUGGAUACCGACAUCAAAGACGCUGGCAAUGUUGUUCUUUUGAACACUAAAAACCUCCCUCUAGUCGGUCAGGUAGGGCUAGGUGCUGACCUCGUUAGGUUGGAAGGCAAUGCAAUUUGCUCCCCUGGUUUCUCUUGCGAUUCGGCCUUGCAAGUUAGCUAUAUUGUCAAGGGCAGCCGUCGUCUCCAAGUCGUCGGCGUCGACGGUAAGCGGGUACUGGAGACCGUUGUGAAAGCGGGAAAUCUAUUGAUUGUUCCGAGGUUUUAUGUUGUUUCGAAGAUUGCUGAUCCGGAAGGGUUGUCAUGGUUCUCUAUCAUCACCACUCCAAACCCUAUGUUCACACACUUGGCUGGAAGCAUUGGGGCGUGGAAGGCAAUAUCUCCUGAAGUUCUUCAAGCGGCAUUCAAGGUUCCAGCUGACACAGAGUAGGUUUUCCGUUCAAAGAGGAAAAAUGAUGCCAUCUUCUUCCCACCACCAAAGUGAAGAAACUGAA